AAUGACUGAGCCACAGAGUACCCCAGAACAGAUGGCUGCUGGGAAAAGCCACGGAGGAAUUGGUGGCAACUAUAAGAUCACACUGUAUGAAUUGGAAAAUUUCCAGGGGAAGAAGUGUGAGCUGACUGGAGAAUGCCAGAAUUUGAGUGAGAAAGGCCUUGAAAAAGUUGGUUCCAUCCAAGUGGAAUCUGGACCAUGGCUCAGUUUUGAACGUCAAGCUUUUGGUGGGGAGCAGUUUGUACUAGAGAAGGGUGACUACCCCCGAUGGGACACCUGGUCUAACAGCCACAGGAGUGACUAUGUGAUGUCCAUCCGUCCCUUGAAUAUUGACAGCGCAGAACACAAGAUCCAUCUGUUUGAGAAUGCCGGUUAUAAUGGAAGGAAGAUGGAGAUUGUCGAUGACGAUGUACCAAGUCUGUGGGCUCAUGGUUUCCAGGACCGUGUGGCCAGUAUUAAAGUCCUCAAUGGAACAUGGGUUGGUUAUGAAUACCCUGGCUACAGGGGCCGUCAGUAUGUCUUUGAGAAGAACGAAUACAGGCACUGGAAUGAUUGGGAAGCUAAUCAGCCCCAAAUCCAGUCUGUGCGCCGUAUCCGUGACAUGCAGUGGCACAAACGUGGCUGCUUUACUCCCACCCCAGUGGCAGCUGCGGCUGCUGCCCCUGCUCCUGCCCCAGCCAGCAGCUGAAGGCGAACAAAACACAUUCACCAAUUGCCACCCUCUUCUGCUGAGAAGCACAGCAAGAAGAGACGCAUAAAAUGAUUUUAAAACUUGAUAAUGUCUCUUUAUUGUAUCAGUCCAUAGCCUUGAAUAAAGAUCUGGACUGCA